AUGGCAUCUGUUGCAGGUGAUCCACAGCCAAGUGUGGUGGCUCAGGUGGUCAACCUGCCCUUGGUGAGCUCCACGUAUGAGCUCAUGUCCUCAGCCCAUGUCAGCACAAAGGACCAGUAUCCCUACUUGAAGCCUGUGUGUGAGAUGGCAGAGAAGGGCGUGAAGACCAUCACCUUGGCGGCCAUGACUGGUGCUCUGCGCAUCAUCCAGAAGCUAGAGCCUCAAAUUCCAGUUGCUGAUACCUAUUGCCGUAGGGGGCUAGAAAGGACUGAGGUUGUUGCCAAUGCCCAGGGUGCUGUGACUCGGGCCAAAGAUGCUGUGACGACUACUGCAACUGGGCCUAAGGAUUCCGUGGCCAGCAUGAUCACAGGGGUGACAGACAAGAGCAAAGGGACGGUGACUGGCAGUGGAAAGACCAAGUCUGUGGUCAGUGGCAGCAUUAACACAGUCCUGGGGAGUCGGCUGAUGCAGCUCGUGAGCAGUGGCUUGGAAAAUGCACUCACCAAAUCAGAGCUGUUGGUAGAGUGGUACCUCCCUCUCACUGAGGACGAACUAGAAAAAGAAGCAAGAAAAGUUGAAGGAUUCAGUAUGGUUCAGAAGCCAAGCUGUUCUGUUAGACUGGGAUCCCUGUCUACCAAGCUUUGCGUCUGUGCCUACCAGUAGGCUCUCAGCAGGGUUAAAGAAGCUAAGCAAAAAAGCCAAGAGACCAUUUCUCAUCGCCAUUCUGCUGUUCACCUGAUUGAAUUUGCCAGGAAGAACGUGCACAGUGCCAAUCAGAAAAUUCAGGACGCCCUAGAGACAGAAGGCCUGGUCUUCCUGGCUGAUUCAUCUGGGAAUUGGAUGUUGAAAAAAGAGUCUCCGGAAGAUGAGAUUGUGGAUGGGCUGUUUAGCAAGAGAGGACAUAAGCCGGUCUGCACCCACAUCCUCCACUGCAGCUGCCAUAGUCACAUCGGCAGGCAGCUCUUCUCUGGGUGUUCUCAGUCUACCCAUGCCUCUUACCCAUGCACAGCAUUUCCCCCAAAGUUUAGCAAGAGAGGACAUAAGCCUGCACGUUUGUCCCCGGUCUGCACCCACAUCCUCCACUGCAGCCGCCAUAGUCACAUCGGCAGGCAGCUCUUCCCUGGGUGUUCUCAGUCUACCCAUGCCUCUUACCCAUGCACAGCAUUUCCCCCAAAGGUGGGCUCUCAGGCGUCGUGGGGCAUCGCUCGAGGACACCUGAUCAGCUCCGGCGUCUAUGCGGCUUACCAAGAAGGGGGUGGGCAGCCCCACGUGGCAGGCAACGGCCUGUCCCUGCUGCCAUACCCAGGUAGAGACCAGCAGGAGAAUAGGAGGAACGGGGAGGCCACUCGACAGCCCAGCGGAGGCCAGAGCCGGUUCCUGAGGA